CUUCUCUUCUCUUUUCUGGUUACAAUCAUCGAUCCAAGAAUUUUCUUUAUCAAUAAUUACUCCCUUUGGAGUUUCCUUUCAAAAGAAAAAAAAAACCUCUAUGCAACAAUAGAAAAAUGAAGCGCCAUAGAGGUAACCUGAUAAUACUUCCUUGUAUUUUCAUCUUCGUUUUUGUAGCUGGUUUGCGCCUUGGGAGCGCAGUAGUAGGCACAACUAUUACAGCAACACAAUUCAUAACAGACCCUGAAACCAUAAUUUCCUCAAAAGAUGGAAUUUUCAGAUUAGGCUUCUUUAGCCUCGGCGAUUCUAGCAAUCGGUAUGUUGGAAUUUGGUACAAUAAUAUUCCAGGGCCAACCAUAGUAUGGGUUGCUAAUAGAGAUCACCCACUGAAUGAUUCCACUGGAGUUUUCAAGAUUGCCAGUGACGGAAAUCUUGUGGUUCUUGAUGGGCAAGGAAAACUGUGCUGGACCACAGAUGUUACUGAUAUUGGCUCUGAUCAAUUGGUUGCUGAGCUGCUGGAUACUGGGAAUUUAGUUCUACGAGAAUCAUCCCCAAAUUAUAACUACGAUGAAGGAAGGCAUUUUUGGCAGAGUUUUGACCACCCUACCAAUACGUUUCUGCCGGGGAUGCAAAUUGGUGGGAAUCUUAGAACAGGUGAGAAAAAAACGAUUACUUCAUGGAAAAACGAUUCCAAUGAUCCUUCCAAAGGAGACUUCACUUUAGAGUUAGACCCGUAUGUCUUACCGGAACUCGUUAUCAAGAAUCGCUCUUGGAAGAAAUGGCGAAGUGGCCCGUGGGUGGAGGAGCUUUUUGGCUCGCAACAUCCGAUGGAGGAGUUUUUGGGCAUGGAUCAUCGAGGCUAUUUCAAAUUAGAGAGAGAUUAUCCGAAAGGUACUAUUUUUUUAUCACUAAUAUAUUAUGAAAAAGCUGCUCUGUCGAGGAUAGUUUUAGAAUCGGAUGGAAAUUUAGUAGGAAAACAAUGGCACGAGGAGAGGAGACAAUGGCUCGUCAGCUGGUCCUCUGACAUUUAUAACAUAUGCGGGCCAUUCGGAAUUUAUAUGCCAUACUCAAAAACCUGUAGUUGUAUGAGAGGGUUCGAACCCAAAUUUAUAAAUGAAUGGGAAGGUGGGAAUUGGUCAGGUGGAUGCGCGAGGAGAAACGAAUUGCGUUGUGCGAUACAAAGCAACAAAACCGGUGACAAAAAUAGCGGAGGAGCAAUGGUAAAUGAAGCAGAUGGGUUUUUAGAAGUGAAGAUAUCGAAUGUGCCUGAUAAUUUUCAUUUUUCAGAAACCAUGAACGAUGUGCAGUGCCGUUAUAAAUGCUUGCACAACUGUUCAUGCAUUGCGCACUCGUAUAGCAAUCACAUUCUCAAUACGGGGUGUAUGUGGUGGACAGGGGAUUUGAUUGACGCUCGUAAAACCUAUGGGCCGGUGGAUUUCAAUCUUCGCAUUCGUGUUGCCAAUUCAGAAUUUGUAGACAGACACAGGGUCGUCCAUAACAAUAAGGAAGGGAGUGUAAAGAUAAUUAUCAUAACUUCAGUUCUUAUUGGAAUACUUUUGACCGGUGUCAGCUCAUAUUUUUGUUGGAUUUUCAUGGGAGAACAAAUUCAUUUUUGUUGGGUUUUCAUGGCAAGACAAAUUCUUUCUUGUUUGAGAUGGAUCGGAGAUCAGAGUGGUUUCAUUUAUUGCUACUUCCUCUAUUUGAUAGGGAAAAUGAAGAGAGGCAUGAGAAGGAGUGUAGAAUUGGAAAGAAAGAGGAGACACAGAAAAAAGAAGAAGAGAAAUAUGAGAAGAUCAUCAGUCUACUCGGAUGACGAAUAUAGUCACGCAAGAGAACCUUCAGAUACGGAGAUGUUAAUUGGAGAAAACACUGAACUCAGACUAAUCGAUUUUAAAACAUUAUCUGUUGCAACAAACAAUUUUAGUGAAGCUAAUAUGCUUGGGCAUGGUGGUUUUGGACCAGUGUAUAAGGGAACAUUGCGUGAUGGACUGGAAGAGCAAGAGAUAGCUGUGAAAAGGCUUUCUAAGAACUCUGAACAAGGCUCACAAGAAUUUAAAAACGAAGUCUUGGUGGUCUCUAAACUACAGCACAGAAACCUCGUCAGACUGCUCGGAUGCUGCACUUAUCGAGAAGAGAAGAUGUUGAUUUAUGAAUACAUGCCCAACAAAAGCCUGGAUGCUUUUCUCUUUGAUCCUAAAAUGCGUGGGCUGUUUGAUUGGAAAAGGCGGUUCGAAAUAAUUCUAGGGAUACGUAGAGGGAUUCUUUAUCUUCAUAGGGAUUCUAGACUAAGAGUCAUCCAUAGAGAUCUCAAAGCUAGCAACAUUCUGUUGGACGAUGAAUUGAAUCCUAAAAUUUCAGACUUUGGCAUGGCAAGGAUAUUCGGAGGCAAUGAACGACUCCAAGCAAAUACUCGGAAGGUUGCUGGAACAUUCCCCUGAGUACAUCAUAGAGGGAACAUUUUCGGAAAAAUCCGGUGUUUUCAGCUUUGGAGUAUUGCUGCUAGAGAUUGUGAGUGGAAAGAAAAACUCUAGCCUCUGUGAUCAGGAACUAUCAUUGAGGCUUUUAGGACAUGCAUGGCAUCUGUGGAACGAGAACAAUGCACUUUCGCUAGUCGACCCAACAUUGGUGUUGUCCGAACCAUCUUUUGAGGUUGAGAUAUUGAGGUGCAUUCAUGUGGGUUUGUUAAGUGCAGAGGAAUUUGCAAUAGACAGACCAACUAUGGCCACAACACUUCCUAUGCUUACUAGCGAAAUUGCAACUCUUCCUGCUCCAAAGAACCCUGCAUUUACAGGAAGACAUGUUUCGUCUGAUUCAAGUUAUUCCUGGAAGAACUCUAAUAACAAUCCUUGAGGUCGCUGAAAUAUUUUGUUUUUGUACUAGCAUUUUAGGUAACUUUCGUUUUCCUUAUUACAUUGAGACUAACUUGGCUUCUGAGA